AUGAAGUCCAACUUCCUCAUCGCGCUCUUCAGCUUGGCUCUGGCCGCUGUUGCUGCUCCUACCGACAUUGGUAAAGGACUUGGUGUCGGCGGUGGUUCCGGGUCUGCUCUGAGCGGCGGCGGCGGUGGCGGCGGUUCGAUUGGCGGAGGCUUCGGUGGUGGCUUUGGAGGCGGCAUCGGCGCUGGUUCUGGAGCCGGUGCGGGUGUUGGUGCCGGUGCUGGUGAGGGCAUCUAA